UUCCACUUUAUUCCAAGGAAACAAUCACAAUGGCCUGGAGGAACCACAGCGCCAUCACCGAGUUCCUUCUCACGGGGCUCUCUGACGACCCCCUGAUCGAGGCUCUACUUUUCGCGCUUUUCCUGGGGAUUUACCUCCUCACCAUGAUGGGGAACCUGACGAUGCUGCUGGUGAUCGGGGCUGACUCCCACCUCCACACGCCCAUGUACUUCUUCUUAAGCAACCUGUCAUGUAUAGACCUCUGCUUCUCGUCCGUCACGGUACCGAAGCUGCUGAAGGACCUCCUGUCUGAGAGGAAAAGCAUCUCAGUAGAGAGCUGCCUGGCUCAGGUCUUCUUCGUGUUUUUUUCUUCUGGGACUGAAGCCUGCCUGCUGUCGGCCAUGGCUUAUGACCGCCACGCUGCCAUCUGCCAUCCACUGCUCUAUAGCCAGGUGAUGAGAACGGAGUUGUGUGUGAGGCUUGUGUUGGUCUCGUGGGGCGUGGCCUCUCUCAAUGCCACCAUCAUUGUGCUCUUGGCCGUCAACCUGGACUUCUGUGAGGCUCAGACCAUUCACCACUACACCUGCGAGCUGCCUGCCCUUUUCCCCCUGUCCUGUUCGGAUAUCUCUAUCACGGUUGAUGUCCUGCUUUGCUCCAGUUUAUUGCACGGGCUGGGGACCUUUAUCCCAAUCUUCUUCUCCUAUGCCCGCAUUGUCUCCACCGUCUUGAGCAUCGGCUCCACCACGGGGAGAAGCAAAGCCUUCUCCACCUGCUCGUCCCAUCUCACUGCAGUGACCUUGUUCUUUGGGUCAGGCUUUCUCUGCUAUCUCAUGCCCCCCUCUGGGUCCUUCCUGGACUUGCUCUUGUCUUUGCAGUACAGCGCAGUCACCCCCAUGCUGAAUCCCCUCAUCUACAGCCUGAAAAACAAGGAGGUGAAGGCCGCUGUGAGAAGGACACUGAGAAAGUACCUGCCGUAGGUAGUGAACUAUGGAAAAUGGCGUGGUUAUAUUCUUUUAUCCCACAUCCUUCAAACACACAGUGUCAGGUAUGUGAGGGGGGAGGUCUUCCGUGGCUUGACUGAACAUCUAAUCUCAUCAUUCCAAGGUAUGAAUGGGCUCUAGAUUUGGAUUUUUAUUGGGAAAGUGUACAUUCUGUUGGUUGGAACAGAAUGUGAAGACAGAACUCCACAGAGGAGAAUAAUAUGACAACAAAAAAAUGGACAGAUACAUGUUGGGGA